AUGGUUUAGGCAGAAGGAAGUGAGAGUGAACGCAGAAAUAUUCAUUCUCGCAGCAGCUGUCAUUAGGAAAGAGGGACUCUGAUGGUUUAUCACACUCGAGCUCAGCGAUGACUCUUCCGCUACUUCUGAUCAUUCUUGUUUUUGGUGUUCUGCCAGGUUCCCACAGCACAGUGACCACUGUAGGAGAUCUGGCUGUGCUGGAGGGUCAGUCCGUCACUGUCCCGUGUCACUACAACCCGCAGUACAUCAGCCACGUGAAGUACUGGUGCCACGGCAGGAUGAUAGACUUCUGCUCCAGCCUGGCACGCACUGAUGACCCCAAAUCAACACCUCAAAGCAAGGGAAGGGUGACGAUCGCUGAUGACCCCACUCAGCAUGUGUUUACCGUGAGCAUGCAGAACCUGACGGUGGAGGAUUCGGGGUGGUACUGGUGUGGGGUGGAGCUCGGAGGGAUGUGGGUUGCUGACAGCACUGCCUCCCUUUAUAUCAGUGUCAUUCAAGGAGUGUCAGUGGUGAGCAGUAUGGUGAGUGCAGAUGAACGCAGCAGCGUCAGUGUUCAGUGUCGCUACAGUAAGAACCUCAGGUCCAGUGAGAAGCGGUGGUGUCGCAGUGGGAAUUGGAACUCCUGCGUGUCGACGGAUUCUGAAGGAACGUUCAGCAGCAGAAACGUGCUCAUCCAUGAUGACAAGAACAGCUUGUUCACUGUGACACUCAUGCAGCUGGAGAUGAGAGACUCGGGCUGGUACUGGUGUGGAGCCGGUCAGCAGCAUGUGGCAGUUCAUGUGUCAGUCACACCACAAGCCACAACAGAAGCCACAACAGAGGUCACAACGUCUCCCAUCCAGAAUCUGAAGACAACAAUCAUUACUUCAUCUGUAAUGAGCUCAAGUGACCCUCACAGUCGUCCUGUUUGGGAGUCUCCUCUCGUGGUGGGUGGGGUCGUACUGCUGGUCAUGAUUGCGUUUCUGGCAGUUUGGAAGUUGCGGAAACAGUGUAAGAAAAAGCCGAAACAUCAAAGGACAAAUGAAAUGAACGAUAAUAUCACAAUGUGUCCAUGGAGAGAAGGAGACUAUAAGAACACCUCAGUGAUUUUCCUGAACACUCCAGCUCAGCAGCUCCAAAUGCUCUAACAGAGGAGCCUCAUGAUGGGAAACACCAAACUCAUGGACAUUCUGAUGAUGAAGGAGAAUUUAAAGUGAACUGAUGGACACUAUGACUCUUUAAGUGUUUUUAACAAGUCCUGCAGAAUGGAGAAACUGCAGACUGGGGUUUCACAUUUAACAGUUAAAUGGAAUAUAAUCUUUCAUUUUAAUGCAUUUUGUUAUGCAUUUCACAUUUAUCUGUAAGUAAAGGUGGAUUCACGCCAUGUUGGAAUUAUGGACGUUACGAGAUUCCAACUUGUAAUAAGCGUAGAAUUCGUAAUUACAACUUGUAAACUCAGAAUUUUUGGAGAACUCCGACUUUCACCACAUGUCCGCUGUACCACCUGACUGCUGCAGAUUCAUUUUAGUGUUGAUAGUGUUGCCAUGGAAACGCAUAAUUCUGAGUCUGAGAACAGCUUUGAGUAGAGCGUCACAGAUUGUCAUCUCGUAAUUAUGAUAAUUACGACAGGGCGUGAACGCAGCAUUUGUACAAGGCUUGUUAUGACUGAGUCGUGCAGUGUGGAUGUGUUCUUACCAACGGAAGUACUGAGUCUCACUCUUGUUAUUUUUGUCUCCUCAUGUUUUUUUAUCAUAUAAAUGAUGAAAAGCUUUUGUCCUUUGUUAACUUCUGUACAGAAAAACUGCUUUAUUCACGUUUCAAGGUGUAUUAAAAUCGCUAUUUGAGGUU